GCACAAGUGAAGCGCGGCUCGAGUUACUACUGCAGUGUUUAGCUUCUUGCAAAGUCUUUUACUCUCCGUUUAACACGCUCCUGACCCUUAAAAGUGCUCCAACGAGUAAAUAAGUUGUUCAUUAAAUUAAGGUGGAAUUGCUAAGCAUUUAAUUUUUUUUAUUAUGAGUAGCUCAGAGGAGGAUUUGAACAGUGAAGGUUCAUCUCGAAUAUAUUCUCCAGGAGCAGAGACACAAUACUGUGACACUGGUACGAGUUCGGGUGGCACUGAGACACCCUGCACCCUGAAUGGGAGUGCCCGGGUCAGACGCAAGCAGAGAAAUGCAUUGAAGGACGUGGCGAUCAUGAUGGUGCCGGAGGAGAAGCUGGCACAGGCUGAGCAGAGGGCAAGGAUGCACUCUGCCAACCACAAGGAGGUGCCUGCUGUACAAGAACUGGUGCGUUGUGUGGCUUUGGCAAGGAUCAGUUUUGGUGACUUCCACUGGCGGAUGGCCCAUGCCCACAUCAACCUAGCAAAAGGCUAUCUACACCUCAAAGGACAGGCCCUGCAAGCAAAGCAGCACUGUGAGAAGGCCAAGGACAUCAUGUACGCCAACACUCAGCUCCCAGCGUCGGAGGAGGAGCGGGGGGAGAUUCUACGAUGUCUGAUUACCAUGUUCCUCACGCUGGGUCAAGCUCUGACAGGACUUGAGAAUCUGAAGGAGGCCGAGCAGAGUUUGCUGAAGUCGGAGAAGGUUGCGGAUGAGCUCCGCCGAGCAGAGGAGGUGACACAAGAAGAGAUGAGACAAGUGGACACCAAAAUUAACUUGGCCUUGGGAAGGCUCCAUGUGAAGGAGAGCAGGUGGGGCGAGGCUGUGGCAUCUUACCAGAGAGCUCUGCAGUUGGUGCAACUCGGCAAGGGAGAAAACAGCACGGAGUGCGUGUCCAUCUAUCAGGAGCUGGCAGCAGCAGAGCUGGCCAGGGGUGGCCACGACAACCAUGUGCAGUACCUCCUGCAGGCUCAUUCCAUCGUGCUGACUCAUGCUCCUUCUGGAGAGGAGGAGGGGAAAAUAUCACUGACUCUGGCCGAGGCCCACACUUCGUCUGGCAGAGCUGAGGAUCACGAUAUGGCCGAGCAUUACUAUCAACAGAGCCUGCAGUGUUACCAGGCAGCGGUGGGGCCAGAACACCAUUUGUCACUCUCCGUACUGGACAGCUACAGUCGGUUUCUGAUACUGGCCAAAAACUAUCAGGCUGCUUCGAAGUUGCUUCAGGAAUCGCUCCCGGCCAAGCUUUCUACUUUUGGAGACUUCAGCGCCGAGGUGGACGAGACGUAUCAACUCCUCGGGGGAAUCGAGUUAGCGCAAGGGCGCCAGAGAGCAGCCUUCAAAAAAUUCAAAAAAUGUCUGGAAAUUCAGACCUUCCUGUAUGGUUCACAGCACAAAAAGACCAGAGCCACUCAACAAACAGUCCAGCUCUUGUCCAAAUCCCCUGAACUGGCGCUGGUUGAAGGGCGGACUGCAGCAGACCAUUUGAAGCAGAGACCUCUAUUCUGUGCCGUGAUACCAAAGCAUAGUAUAUCGGGUGGUACCAAAGGAAACGUCUAUGACUGACUGAUGUACUAACUGACGAUGGGCACUGCCCAGCUCUGGGAAUCUCCAUCUCAAUAUCACAAUGAAAAUACAGAACCAUCACAGAGCAUUGAACAGGUUGUGAAUUUUUUCCUCACAUCCUCCUGUGUCUUUUGUCCACCUCUGACUGUGUCCAGUGGCCUUCAACCCAUCUGAUAAAUGGAAGAUCUGAAACUCCACAACUGGCCCGCCCGCUGGUCUUUAGAACACCUGUUACCAUCUUGUGCAUGUUCUUAAUUCAUUCAAACUAUUUUUAUUAUCUUGAACUUAUAUUUUUAAGGCCUUUGAAUUGGUUUUUUAUUACGCCAAUGAGAAUGUACA